GUUUUUUCCCUCGUCAUCUUUUAUGCAAAACCAAAAGAAAUUACAAGCAUAUAAUUGGAUCGCAUCCAAAAUGUUAUUGGUGUUGCUAAAACCCCGCCGGCAGCCAUAUGUGCAUUUAAACACAAAAUAAAUUGAUUUCGCACUGUUUUCAUAAAAAGGGUUGUUAGGAAUAAGCAUAUUUGCAAAAUCCUGGUUUUAUAUCAUUACAAAAAUAUUUAAAGAAAGGAGAUCGAUUUAAUCAACUUUUUUAAUAUAAUUCUCAUGCAGUUGGCUGCCCCUUGAUCGAAGUCAGACAAACAUGGCUUCGGAGCCUGGUGUAUUGUUUUGGAUCCUUGUGUUGCAUGUUCAGAUAUUUGUAGUCAUCGGAAAUCCAAGAGUCCCAUGUUUAUUCAUAUUUGGUGACUCGUUGGUUGAUAAUGGCAACAACAAUGAUCUUGAGACGCAAGCGAAAGCAAAUUACAAGCCUUAUGGGAUUGAUUUUCCUGAAGGUGUUAGCGGUAGAUUCACCAAUGGUCGAACCAUUGCAGAUAUGAUAGGUCAUCUUCUAGGUUUUAAAAAUUUUGUACCACCUCAUGCCACCGUAAAAGAUGAAGAGAUCAGCACAGGGGUAAACUAUGGCAGUGGUAGUGCUGGUAUUCGUGAUGAAUCUGGAAUGCAUCUGGGUGAUCGUCUCAGUUUGGGUACGCAGAUACGUAAUCACAAAGCAAUAAUUUCACGCAUUACGAAUUUACAGAACAACAAGACACUUACCGAUGAACACUUGAAACGAUGCAUUUACUUAUCAAAUAUUGGAAGCAAUGAUUACAUCAACAACUUCUUGAUACCUGAGCUAUAUCCUCAAAGCCACAAAUAUAGCAGCGAUGAAUAUGCAGCAAUCCUUGUACGACAAUACUCUCAACACCUAACUACUCUGUACAAUAUGGGAGCGAGGAAAGUUGCAGUAUUCGGUUUGGGUCAGAUAGGGUGUGCAUUAGAAGUAAUAGCAAGACUCAAACCUGCUGUUGAUAAGCUCAACAAUGAUUUUCCUGAUUCAAGAUUCACUUUCAUCAACGUUACAAGCAUUUUAGCACCACAAGGAGGUGUACAGUUUCCAAAUAUUCCUUGUUGUAAAGUAAGGCCAGAUGGACAAUGUAUUCCAGACACAGACCCUUGCCCAAAUAGGGGGCUAUCUGUUUACUAUGAUGGUUUUCAUCCCACGGAAGUUGCGAACACAGUACUUGCAACAAGAUCAUACACUGCGCUGUCUGCUUUGGAUGCGUCUCCUUAUGAUAUUGCUCAUUUGUCUCAAGUGGCUGAUUAAAGGGGAUUGAAGGAUACC